AUGGUGCAGGUCCAGCAGAAAGUUGCUCUGAUCUGUAUAGACGGAUGGGGUAUUCCUUCCACCAACGCCGAGAAGACGCCUUCGCCGCCAGAGGGUAAUGCCAUCCUCAACGCCGAGACGCCAUGGAUGGACGAAUUCGCCAAGGAGGGCAGCAAGAUCACCCAGGGCUAUACAGAGUUGGAGGCUUCCUCUCUGGCCGUUGGCCUUCCCGAAGGUCUGAUGGGAAACUCUGAGGUCGGACAUUUGAACAUUGGCGCAGGAAGAGUUGUGUGGCAGGAUGUCGUCCGUAUCGAUCAGACGAUCAAGAAGGGCGAGCUGAACAAGGUGGAGAAUAUCGUCAAGAGCUUCACAAGAGCAAAGGAGGGCAAUGGCAGACUACACUUGUGUGGCUUGGUCAGUGAUGGAGGUGUCCACUCUCACAUCAACCAUCUCAAAGAGCUGCUCAAGGUUGCCAAGGAGAUCGGCGUGCCCGAGGUCUACAUCCAUUUCUUCGGCGAUGGCCGUGAUACCGACCCAAAGAGCGGGAAGGGUCAUCUCGAAGAUCUGCUUGCUUUCUGCAAGGAACAAGGCAUUGGCAAGCUUGCAACGAUCGUUGGACGAUACUACAUCAUGGACCGCGACAAGCGCUGGGACCGCGUUGAGAUCGGCGUGAAGGGCUUGAUCACCGGAGAGGGCGAGGAGUCUUCGGACCCUGUCAAAACAUUCCAGGAGCGUUACGAUGCUGGUCAGACGGACGAGUUCUUGAAGCCCAUUAUCGUCAACGGCAAAGAUGCUCGUAUCCAGGACAACGACACCGUAUUUUUCUUCAACUACCGAUCCGAUCGUGUUCGUGAAGUUACCCAACUGCUCGGAGACCAGGAUCGCUCUCCUAAGCCCGACUUGCCAUAUCCGAAGAACAUCCAGGUCACCACCAUGACCCGCUACAAGACCGACUUCGACCUUCCAGUCGCCUUUGCACCGCAAGUCAUGGACGACGUCCUGGCUGAUUGGCUGAGCCAGAAGGGCUGCAAGCAAUCACACAUUGCCGAAACCGAGAAGUACGCUCACGUCACGUUCUUUUUCAAUGGUGGUGUAGAGGUUCAAUUCGACGGCGAAGACCGUGAACUUAUUCCAUCGCCAAAGAGCGUGGCAACAUAUGACGAAGCACCGAAGAUGAGUGCCAUGGGUGUUGCGGAGCGUAUGGCCGAGCGUAUUGGAGACGGCAAAUACGAAUUCGUCAUGAACAACUUUGCCCCGCCAGAUAUGGUCGGUCAUACCGGAGUCUACAAGGCCGCCGUCGAGGGCUGCACCGAAACCGACAAGGCGAUUGGCGUGGUAUACGAGGCGUGCAAGAAGCAUGGCUACACACUGUUCAUCACUGCCGAUCACGGAAAUGCCGAGGAGAUGCUCACGGAGGAGAAGACACCCAAGACAUCGCACACCACCAACAAAGUGCCGUUCGUCAUGGCUAAUGCACCCGACGGCUUCUCUCUCAAGAAGCAACAUGGCGUUCUUGGCGAUGUCGCCCCUACAGUGCUCGACAUUAUGGGCAUUGAGAAGCCAGAAGCGAUGACUGGAAACAGCUUGCUGUUGAGGAAGUAG